AUGCAUAUUGCCAUCUUCAACUGUCUCAAGCCCAUCCAGGGCCGGACCUGCCCUGAGAUGUUCAAAAACCUCAUCCAACGCGGGCUAGGCUAUAAUACAGAGCACCCGGACACCUCGAACAUCGCCAUAACGUAUGAAAUCUAUAACUGUGCCGCCGAUGAGUUUCCAACAUCUUUCGCUGACAUAAACGCAAUAAUUAUCACCGGAUCAUCCAAGUCAACAUACGAUCCAUAUCCCUGGAUAAAACGGAUGCAGGAUGUUCUGCGAGAUGUGUAUAACAACCACCCACAUGUUAAACUGUUCGGCUCAUGCUUCGGACACCAGGUGAUUGCAUCAGCACUGCUGGAAGAUUGUGGCGUACGGAUCGAGAAGAACCCAAAGGGUUGGGAGAUAGGUGUCCACGGUGUGCACUUUGAACCCGAGUUUUUAAGGUACUUUCAACAAUUCACGAAUGAGGACAUUACUAUCCAACGGAAACUUCAAUUCAUACACCAGGAUAAAGUCGCUGUGUCGGAUGAGUCUCUUCCCCCGGGUUGGAUCGUAAUGGGAAGGAACGAUAUCUGUGAUGUGCAAGGUCUCUUUCAGCCAAAUAGAGUGCUCACGUAUCAGGGCCAUGCUGAGUUUGAUAGAACUACGACGAAGGCAGUUCUUGAAAAGGUCAAUAAUCCUGCGUGGUCAAAAGAGGAUCGAGAGGCUGCUGAUCAGAUGGAUGACGCGGAUUAUUAUGCUGGAAUCUUGGUGCAUUUUCUCCUAGGCUAG